AGACUUGAAUUGGGAUAUAUAACCCUCUCAGGGCAGCCCCUAGAAAUGGACAGACAUAAAAGAAGAAGGGUUUGGGUAUGGAUCUCAUAAUCUAAGAUUUUCUAUUAUAGCAAAAUAGAGGGAUAUCAUAUCAUAAUAUCAUAUGCUAUGCGAAUGGGUAUGGAGGAGGAGAGUAGCAUUACCAUUAGCAAUACCAACAUAGAAGGUGGUGCUUCGUUACCAUCAUCAGGUUCAGAUGCUAAGAAGCGAACUGUCACAUACUUCUACGAACCCACCAUCGGCGACUAUUACUACGGCCAAGGCCACCCCAUGAAACCGCACCGCAUCCGCAUGGCCCACAACCUCAUCGUUCACUACUCCCUCCACCGCCGCAUGGAGAUUAGCCGCCCCUUCCCCGCCUCUCCCGACGACAUUCGCCGCUUCCACUCCGACGAAUACGUCGAAUUCCUCUCCUCCGUCUCCCCCGAGACCCUCGCCGAAACCACCUUCUCCCGCCAGCUCAAGCGCUUCAACGUCGGCGAGGACUGCCCCGUCUUCGACGGCCUCUUCAAUUUCUGCCAGGCCUCCGCCGGUGGCUCCAUCGGCGCCGCCGUCAAACUCAACCGCGCCGACGCCGACAUCGCCAUCAAUUGGGCCGGCGGCCUGCACCAUGCUAAGAAAUCCGAGGCUUCUGGGUUCUGUUACGUCAACGACAUUGUCCUCGGUAUCCUUGAGCUGCUCAAGGUUCACAGGCGUGUACUGUAUGUUGACAUUGAUGUGCACCAUGGUGAUGGUGUUGAGGAGGCCUUUUACACUACUGAUAGAGUGAUGACUGUGUCUUUCCAUAAGUUUGGGGACUUUUUCCCAGGCACUGGACACAUAAAAGACAUUGGGGUGGGCUCAGGAAAGAAUUAUGCUGUAAAUGUUCCAUUAAAUGACGGAAUGGAUGAUGAUAAUUUCCGUUGUCUGUUUCGUACCAUCAUUCAAAAAGUCAUGGAGGUUUAUCAACCUGAAGCAGUUGUUCUUCAAUGUGGAGCUGAUUCAUUGUCUGGUGACAGGUUGGGGUGCUUCAACUUGUCUGUGAGAGGUCAUGCAGAUUGCCUUCGUUUCCUUAGAUCUUUCAAUGUUCCUUUGAUGGUCUUGGGUGGAGGAGGAUAUACAAUUCGGAAUGUUGCUCGUUGUUGGUGUUACGAGACAGCUGUGGCAGUAGGAGUGGAGCCUGAUAAUAAGUUGCCUUAUAAUGAAUAUUAUGAGUAUUUUGGCCCAGAUUAUACUCUCUAUGUUGAUCCAAGCAACAUGGAGAACCUAAACACACCCAAGGAUAUGGAAAAAAUAAGGAACACACUACUAGAACAGAUUUCCCGACUUCCCCAUGCUCCCAGUGCACCUUUUCAGACAACACCACCUAUCUUACAAGGUCCAGAAGAGGCAGAAGAGGAUAUGGAUAAAAGACCAAAACGUCGCAAAUGGAAUGGUGAAGAUUAUGAUUCUGAUCCCGAUGAAGAUGAAAAGGUUAAUUCCAAGUGCUCAAACUUCACUGCUCAUAUGAGAAAUGUUACUCUCUGUGGUGCAUGGAUAUUGCAGAUGACAUGGAAGAAGAGAAGCCAGAAGUGCAUCCAUCAUCUUGCUGCUGAUAGAAUAGAGCAAGUUCUUGCACAGCAUGUUUGUAUUGUAAUAUCUUCCGUUGAUGGGGGAGGUCAUUACUUCGAGUUAUAUAAAUAGUACAUGAGCAACUCUAAUGCCAAUAUAAUGAUCAAAUUGUGCAAAUGUAUUAUAGAUUAAAACAAUGUCUUGGUUCGGAUCCCCAUGUAAGCAUUAUUUUUGCUCGUUAGAGUCAGUUUUUUCCCCUUUUUGUCCCUGUGGCCUUGUCCCUCGUGAAUACACUUAGUUUCGAUUUAGUCUCACAGUCAAUUUCGUUUAUUUUGAUCAUUCACUUUUGUCCACACUUCAUUUGGCCCAGUGGAGACAUUUUGGUUAUUGGUAAUUGUUAUCACUCUUUUUUUGUCGUGUCUUUCUUUCACCUGUAUGAUGAUGAUUUAAAGGAAAUGAGAAAGAUGCAGAAUCGUUGUUCUUCUUGUUAUUUGUGACAAAUUCUUAUUUAUAAUCCAAAUAUUUUAAUUAAAUUC